GGAAGUGUUCUUCACUUGCAGUCUGGUCCCAGGAGGGUGGGGGUCUCUUGGGGAAGGAGGACAGACCUGUACUUCUGGGAGAAUGGGAGAAGUUGGGAAGAUAGCAGUGUUUGUGAUGACUUUCAUCAGCUGCAAUGCCCUCCUGGAUCUGUCUGGUGUCCACCAGGUCACCGGCACAUGGAUGGGAUCCACCACUGUACCAUGCACCUACGUGCCUUCAGAAGGUUUCACACAGCAAACGCUUAGCUGGAGCAUGGAGCGGGACUCCAGCAUCUCCACCAUCUUCCGGAGGGAUGAUUCUGGGGACCACAUCCUGCUGUCUAAAUUCCGAGGCCGAGUCAGCAUCCCAAAGCAUAGCCCAGGGGAUGCUUCACUCCUCAUUGAGAACCUUGAAAUGCCUGACAGUGGACACUACACCUGUCAAAUCAUCUGGAGGUCUACAGAUAACAGCUUGAUAACAAGAGAGGUGACCACUACAGUUAAAGUUGUCAAAGUGGCAGCCACCAAGCCCAUCAUCAGAGCUGGACACCUGGGGCUGACGCUCCCGGCCGGAGGCAGCACCAGCCUGACCUGCGAGGCCAGCGGCUCCCCUCCCAUCAGCUACCGCUGGUUCCGGGCCACGCCGGCGGGCAAAGCCGUGUUCCUGAGCAGCGGGGCCGAGCUGGCCUGGCCCAGCCUGCGGCCCUCGGACAGCGGGACGUAUUUCUGCGAGGCAGAGAACAGGGCCGGCGCCGGGGCCGUGCAGCGCAGCGAUGCCGUGCAGCUGACGGUGACAGAUCUGCCCACAACAACAGUGGCCUUGCGGAGGAAUGUGGGAACCACGGGCGGACACCACCCAACCACAGGUCAGGGUGGGAGCAGUGACAUGGAGCACACAAUGACAGAUCUGGUGCCAACAACACAGGUCUCCAGGAUGGAUACUGCUCCAGUGGGGCCUUUCACAGACACAGGUUCCCCGCUGCUGUACGGGCCGGCGGCCGCGCUGGGCGGCGCCGCGCUGGGCGCGCUGCUGGCGGCGGGGCUGGGCUGCUGGCGGCGGCGGAGGAAGGACGAACGUCUCUAUGAAGUUGCUUUCCGCAGCACUGCAGAUGUCGCCCCACUGCAUGCUGAGGUGGAAGUCCCUGUUAAGUGCCUACAUGAGGAAAUGAGCUCCAACACUGAAAAGACUACCGUGAAAGACAGGAAAAGUCCUGAGUAUGAGAACCUUAUGACUGCAAUGGAAUCACAAUAUGAAACAGAAGGAAAUUAGUAAAGUACCAGCUUUUCCACAUAAGCAGCCAUGCAGGGCUGCAGGUACUGAAUAGUGAACUUAACAGAAGGAAACUUUUCCUCCUGUUGUCCCUCUGUUCUGCUAUCACUGCUUGCUUUAACCCAGAGGAGCUGCAUAACCUUUUGGUCUUUGGCAGACCAGGGCCUGCCUGCGGGAGCAGAAACCCCCAGCCAACUGUUUGUCUACCCACUUCUAUACAGCAAGUUGUUUCUGAGCAACCUGAAGGACCAAGGCAGGAAGAGAGGAUCUGAAGGAGUGAGAACAUGAAAUUCUUUAGCCUGUAAAUCCAGCGGCAGUUGGUAAAAUGCUGCCAGUCAGUAACACUAGCAAGGGGUACUCUCCAAUGUGUAUUCCUGUUAAGACGUUCCAGGCUUCAAGGAACCAGGAUUGUGCUGAAAAUGGAGAUCCUCUGGCUUUUGCAGCUCAGCAAAUACUGGUUGUACAUCCUGGCUGUCCUUGAGUAUUUCUUUCUUUGUUACAGCAUGGUAAAGGGACCACAGAGGAGAGGUUGAUGUCCCGGGAAUGUCAUUUUUGCUAUCAGACAGGAGCUCAGUGCUCAGAGAGAGAGGGAAUGAGUCUCUGAACUCUCACCCACUGGUUUCCUCCUAGAAAAAAAAACAGAACUGAUGUUGAAGGAAAUGCUGGGAUUUAAUUUUUACAGUAUGGGGGCCAGAGGCAUGAUAAAAUAGAGAGAAAUUUGAGGCAUUUGGAUAAUGACUGAGUAAGGCACCUGUCUGAAUACAAGACUGACACCAAAUUACUCUAUGGGAAGUAAGUCAGCCUGUGAUUACUAAUGCUGACCUGUCAUGUAACAUGGAUGCAGUUCCUCUCUUCAGCUGCAGUGCAUUCCCUACAGUACGCUGUCACUCAGCAGCAUGAUCUGCCUCUUCAUUGUUAAUUGUUUGCAUCUUUCCUGUACUGCAGUGCUGCUGUCAACUUGUCCUCCCUACCUGUGCCUCCAGCCAGCAUCCCUUUGUCCUCCAGGCUUGGCAGGGAGGAGGAAUGCCUCCUGGCUUUAGCAAACCAAAUUUGUAAGAGUUACUGGCUCUUUUUUAUAUCUGUGGGUGCAGCAAGGAAAGCAUGGGGAAGCAGCUGAGCUCAAGUCACACACACCCUCCUGCUUGGCCCUGACUUCACUCACAAGGCUCAUCUCUGCUGCCAUGGAUCAUCCCUUCUCAGGUCAGCAGCCUAACAGCAGGGUCACAUUGCUGUUUAUGGCCUGAGUGCUGUGUAGAGCUACACUUAAACCUUUACAUCUCUGCACUGCAACGAUGCUUCUGCAGGACACAAGGUGGGCAAGAUCAGAGGUAAAAAUCUGCCCAUAUUGUGAGGGCUUCACAAACACAGUGACAGCCAUGCAGAGAGGGCUGUGCUGAGUGUCAGGCUGUACUCCAGGGAGGCAGACAGGAUCCAGUCUGUUCCUGUGGGACCCAUGGCAGCCAACCCUGAAGACCCCAUGCUGCAGAAGCUGCUGCAUCAGCAGUUCCAGGGGUAGUGCAGAACAAAGGAAUUGAGGGAAAUGGGGAGCUGCAGCACACACACAGGGCAGUAGGAUAUGGUGCAAGAUCAGAGCUAGGUGGGAAGGGAACUGAAAAUUUCUCAGCUUCCCCAUCCUUACCUCAGCAGAUCUAGGCCCAGAACUCAUGACAUGGCACUCUCUUUUCCCCCCCAAAUAUCAUCCUCAUUAAUUUUCUAUUAGCUUGGUGUUUUGUGCAAGUUUUCCAGCUGUUAAAGGCUCUGAGCUCCAGGUUCACUCAUUGACUAUACAACACUAUGGUUUUUCCAUCUUGUGAUUCCUCCCAGCACUGAUCUGCUCUGGGCAGAGGUCUGGACACCCUUCUCAGAAGACAUGAAGCCUGGGAGAAGCUACAGAGGAAGAAGGAGUUAAGAAAGGGAGAGCAGAUGCCCCAGAUGGACCACCCCCAUGUACUCCAUGUUGUCAUUGCCUCUAGUUAGGGCAGCAAAAGGACUUUGGGUACAAGUAGCAGAACAGUGGAAAAAUAAGAAGCCUAUCUCCAAUACUGAGGUGUUUUUACCUGGGCAACAAGUGUGUGAUUAUUUCUUUAUUUUACUUUUGGUAUGUUUUCCAUGUUUCUAGUAAAACCUGUUGGCAACAGAA